AUGGCUCGCCUUCGACGACGAUGGACGGCGGAGGAGGAUGCCCUGCUACGUCGUGCUGUGGAAAACGCUACCACACAAGGCCGCCCCUUACUCUGGCGGGACUUGGCUAAGUCCGUGCCCGGCCGUUCAAAUAAAGACUGUCGUCGUAGAUGGUGGAAUAGCCUGGCAGAUGGCACCACCAAAGGACCAUGGUGCGAAGAAGAAGAUGAACGUCUUAUUGAAGCUGUCAGAAAAUACGGUACAAAUUGGAGCCGGGUUUCGCGUGCUAUAAGGUCAAGAAAUCCCGACCAAUGCUCGAGUCAUUGGAGCCAAGUGCUAGAUCCAGGCAUUAAUUACUGCGACUGGACACCAGAAGAGGAUGCAAAUUUACUUCAUGCAGUCCUCACUCACAGCACUAACUGGGCGACAAUCGCGGAGUCCCAUGUCCCUCCUAGGACGAGACUUGCUCUCAAGAAUCGCUAUUCUACUUUGAGGCUAAAGCAUGAGAACGAAAGUAAAAGGGAGACGAGUGCUAGGAAAUUGGUUGAGACCUCAUCCAACUUUGAGCCUACUAUGGGAGUUUCAAAGAGAGAUAUCAAGUGGAAUCCACCAGCUCAAUUACACCAAAGCAGGGAUUCGGAGCAAGUUGACAUUUUAAUAGAAUCUGAUGACGAAGAGGAUGAUGAUGAUGAAGACGAGGAAAAUGAAGAAGACGAUAGAGAUGAGGAAAAUAGGGAAAACGGAAAUCCCAAAGACGGCAGCGACACUUCCCAUGUUGAGAUUGGGAAUGGCCCUACCGGAGUUGACAACGGCGCAAUAGACAUCCAGAUGCAAGACACGGGGGUGACGGCGUCAAAUGAUUGGACCGACUUUCCUGAGCCAAGUGCUCUUCCUCCCCUCGACUAUUUUCAUCAUGACGCUCAACCUAUUUCUAUGGAUCAUUGGGUAAAUGAUACAGAAAACCAUGUACAAUAUGAAGACUUGCUUGAAAUGACGUCCGGGGAGAACUAUUUAUGUGGUAUGGAGGAUUCCGGGGUAAUGAACGGGGGACUCCAAUACAAGUCAUAUGGUACAACUCCGACGAAUAUUGAUCUAUCCAGCCCAAUGGGCUUUCAUGAAUUACACCGAACAACUGAGAUUAUCCCUUCCACCACGACGGCAAUGGACACGACUUCUGCUGCGGGUUCCAGGGACACACCCCCUAGCAUGCACUUUGGCACUAGCGCGAGCACGACACCUCGAACGAGCAUCUCAGGAUGGAGUCACCAGUCAGCACACUAUCAGGUUUGUGUUAACAUGAUAUGUACUGGCGCGCAGAUGGAAUCCCUCAUGGCUGGCCUGGCCGGUUUGGGCACAUGUAUUACUAUGAAGAUUGAUAUUAAAGAGGAUAGAGCUCCGUUAGAGAAUCAGUUGUAG